AGGUAGAAAAUACAAAGGAAAGAGUAGUUAAAGCAAGUAAUGAAAAGGAGAGUAGUAAAAACGAGAAAAAAGAGGAUGUGAGUGGAUUGUAUAGUAUUGGACAUUGUGGUGAAGAAAAGAAGGAAAUUAAAAGGGACAAAAAUAAGUUACUCACCUGCUACCAAAACACCAGUAAUAUGGACAAGGACGAAAAGCAGAUGCUUGAGCAGAAUUCAGAGUAUGUUGAAAGUAGAGAAUCAGUUAUAGAUCCUAAAGUAGAAGAUGAAAAUAGAUUAGUAUUUGACCGCAGAAAAUUAAUUAAAAGUGAAGCUCCAAUAUCAGAUAUACAUUGUGGUGAAAGUGAUGCUGAAAUUGCUGAUGAUGUUGAGUCUUGUGAACAAACUGAUAUUGAGUAUAGUUACCAAAAAGGUAGUAAUAGUUCAAAUGUGAAUAAUGAAGAAAGGGAAAUGUACGAUGAC